AUGAACCCCAUCUCCGACAAGAAUAGGGACGCCUUCCAACGGCAACCCGCCAGCGCCGCUCCUAUCGUCGUCCCAACCAAGGUCCAACCUCCAGCCGCCCCCCUCUACUCGACCUCGGCCUUGGCUCAACAGAUUGCUGCCGCCGCCAUCUCGACGACACGGACGUCCGAGGCCAUCGCUCUAUCGACAGCCGGUGCCGACAACGGCACCACCACACCGCCGUCUGUCCGACACGAUCGCCGGCACAGUCUCGGUCCUCCACUGGUGUCGCAUUCCUACUCUCACCCUCGUUCGCAGGCGUCCUCGCAUUCACAGUCCCACUCUCGGACACAACCGCCAUCUCAAUCUCAAUCGCAAUCGCAAUCGCAGUCCCAGUCCCAGUCCCAGUCGCUGUCGCAGUCCCAGCCCCAGUCCCCGGCCCUGGUUGGUUCGAGGCUGGUGCCGACUCUCCCAAACACCAAGAGUCGCUCCUCUUCCAACGGCUCCUCGGACUCGUCCGUCUUCUCCCGCACCUCGGUCACCGCCCGAAAUCCCUCGGCCUCGACGCCCAUCACCAUCCCAAACUACUCGCUGCCGCCGCGACCCACCUCUUCGGCCUCGCUCUCGCUCAACCCCUCUGAAAACAUGGACUCGACGCCCCUGCGACACAGCGAGAGCAAGCUGAGCAAGAGCACCGGCAGCCGAAAGGGUCUGCGCAAGUCCAAGUUCUCGCGGUCCAUUUCCUUUGGCGAGAUCAUGGACGACGACGAGGACAGCGACAUUGAGAUCUUCCGAGCAUCGCCGUCGCUGCCCCUGACCCCCUUCAAUAACCAGGUCGGAGGUCAUGCCGUCUUCUUGCGCUUCUCCGAGCGAGCCCUCUGCAAGCCUCUGGACCCGGUCGAGCGCGACUUUUACGAAAACGUCGAGCUGAACCAUCCCGAGCUCAAGCCCUUCAUCGCGACCUAUCUGGGUGUCGUCAAUGUCACCUACCGCAAGGUCAAGAGCGAGCUCCCGGAUGGCGUCGUGGACUCGUGGGCGUCCGAGCCCACGCCCAUGGUGAUCUUUGACCAAAACCGCCAUAUUCUGCCCGACAGCUUCCUGGGCCUCUCCAACUCGCCCGGCCUGGCCACCUCCGACAACGCCUCGGAAGAGUCCAUCAGCUUUGUUCGGAGCUUCAACCGCAAGUUCCAGCAGAAGGUUAUCCGCGAGGCGUUCUCGCCCAAGAGUCUGCGGGCUCGGUUUGCCCAGCUCAAGUCCAGCCUCAAGGCCCACGCCUGUGCCAGCGACACCGACGCCGCUCCGGUUGCAGCCGCGCAUUCGGCCCUGACUCCGACAUCGACACACAAGAGUCAGUCUACCAAGGCGGCUGUCUCGCUGCCUGUCCAGUCCGUUGGUACACCUGCUGUGACAACGUGCAACACGCCGCCGGCAAGCUCGCUCGCUCAGGACCAGACCGGUCGGACAUCGCCCAUGGUCUUCCACAUGUCUGAGGACGAAGACUUUCGGAACCUGCCCACGAAUCGGCCAUUUGAACAUGCCGCCGCCUCCUCGAUUCCCCCCGACGACAGUCCCAGAGCAGUCUCGUCCCAGGGCAGUGCCCACGCCGAGACUGAAAGCGGCCUCUACGCCCUAUCCCAGCCCGAGGGUCACUCGUUUGUUGCCGGGUCGGCCAACCCGUGGUCAAUGCGGGUCUACAACACACGCGGGCUCUCCAAGUCACGAUCGACCAGCGAUCAGCUCCACCAGUUCCUGUUGCUCGAGGAUCUGACCGAGGGCAUGAAGUCGCCGUGCAUCCUCGAUCUCAAGAUGGGCACGCGCCAGUACGGCGUCAAUGCCACCGAGGCCAAGAAGCUCUCCCAGGAGAAGAAGUGCGAGCGCUCGACGAGCAAGAAGCUGGGCGUGCGCAUCUGCGGGAUGCAGGUCUACAACACCGUCACCCACACCUUCACCUUUUUGGACAAGUAUGUCGGUCGCCAGAUGAAUGCCGUCAACUUCAAGCAGACGCUUCUCUCGUACCUCGACAACGGCGAAUGCUAUCUCCUGGGAUACAUCCCGCACAUCGUCGAGAAGCUUCAGAAGCUCUACGAGACGGUCAAGAGCAUGCCGACGUACCGAUUCUAUGCCAGCAGCUUGCUCAUUCUGUACGAUGGCGCGUGGGCCGAUGAGGCUGCGAUCCUGGAGGAGGCCGAGCAGUCGUGCGAGUCGAGCGACGCGGACGGAUAUGCGCAGGAGGAUGAAGACGAAAGCAACAACGACGGCGAUGGCGACGACGACGACGACGAUGGCAGAGACGAGAACCCUCAUCGCCGAGGAGAUACAGGCAGCUCCCGGGUCGGCGCGAGCAACGACGGAUACGACUCGCUCAGCGAUCUCGAGUCGCCCAGCACCAGCAUGGGCGGGUCCGAGCUCAACUAUAGCCGAAAGACCCGACGCCGAAGCACCCUGACGUCGCCCGACUGGCAUCCGCACAAGAAGGCCCGGGAGGCCGACAUUCGGAUGAUCGACUUUGCCCAUUGCAUCUCCAACGCCGAUCGCCUGCGCAGUCCAAGCGACCUGGCCGACGGCCGCAACAUCCAGCCCAAUGUCGAGUAUGUUUCGGCCCCGUACCCGCCAGCGCCCGAGGACGCGGAUAUGGGAUAUCUGCUUGGCCUGCAGACUUUGAUCGACACCUUUGGAGAGAUCCUGAGCGAGCUCGGAGGCGCGCCCGUGCACACUCGCAAGGAUGCGGUGCCCAAAACUCGCCGGGCCACGAUUGAGCUCGGGGCCCCCGAUCCGAACGGCCAGCGACCGGGUGCUGUGCCGCCAAGCAUCCAUCUGACCGAUGCAUCGGGCUCGCUCAACAACUUGAAGAAGGAAUCUCUUGACGGCUUUUCUGGCGACGACCCCGUGGACAAGCCGCAACCGCUUCGAGUCUGA